CGGCAGGCAGGGCAGGCCACGAAAGAAAUGUGGCAGCGAGUUUCGCUUAGUACCGACUUAGACUGCUCUAAGUGGCGGUCGUGUGGACGCCGGCGCCCGUCGUCGCACCAUUACGCACGAGUACGCAUCAUCAGGACGCAUCAGGGGCCCGCGCAGAGGGCCCGUCGCACUCUGCGAGCGCGUUCGAGCGACGACGACGACGACGACGACGACAACAACGACGACGACGACGAUAACGUUCGGUUGUGAUAGUGUGACAACGAGCCGGGUCCGUCACGGGCCCCGUGGCUGUCCGGCGUUUUACCGCGCGUGACGAUUCGUACGCGGGAAAAAAAUAAACACGUCGCGUCGCGCGAUACGUUUCCCUCGCGUUGCUCUUCAUCGAUGAGAGAGAAAGAGAGAGAGAGGUGUGUUUAUCGCGGGUAACCUAAAAACCGAUCUCGGCGCAGUACGAUACAUAUAUCGGUAGGACGCGCGCGCAUGCGCAUCGCGGCACUCUAUCCUCGUGCGCGAAUUUCGAGCGAGGCGCGGGGUCACGUGGUUAUCGUACGAACCCGCGGACAGUGUUGGUGAACAAGUGCUCCCGAAAGGUGUUACGAUUUCUCCGGCCAGUGAGUGCGAGGGUGAGCGGGUCGUUUCGGUCCCACGCUCGAGUUCGCGACACGUUGAGAGAGAAAAAAGGAGAGAGAGACAGCUCCGAAAGGAACACCGCGCCUCGAUCUGGAACCAGAUCGUUCGAGUCCCCCUUGAAAAAAAAAACAAAAAGAGGAACCGAUAUUAAAACGUCAACGCAAAGUUAUUUAUUACCUCGAGGGCUGUCAGAGGACCUCUAGCGAGCCGCGCAACGAGAGAUCGAUGAAAAAUUGAAGAUCGGUGAGAGAGCGAGGAAGAUAGACGGAUAGAAGGAGAGGAAGGAAGGGGGCGAAGGUGAACGAGUUCGUGAAAUCGUAACCGCGCGUGGCGUGCGGGCGAAUGCAUGACAGAUCAUGGUUUCCGUGUCCGGCCCCGUAUCCACAGGGAUCCUAGCGGAACGCCCUUCUGGAUCGCAGGGCCCGCGGCAGAAUGGCGCGGAGGAUGAGAAGGACGCCAAGGCGGCGGAAAACGCUAGGAUCCGGCACGAGUCGGAUCUCUACGUCAGGCCCAGCUGGACGGACGCCGCGAUAGCGUUGGAUCAACUCGAAAAGGGGAAGGCGGAGGGUCAGAGGUCAGUGGUGUGGAUCAGGGCGCGACUACAAGAUCAGCUAAGUCAACUGGGUUACUUCCUGCAGAGGCAUGCCGGAAAAGUGCUCUUCGUGGCCAUCCUCGCUUUGGCCACAUUCUGUGUCGCCCUCAAGUCCGUGCAAGUCAAUAGUAAGGUGGAUCAGUUGUGGGUGCAAGAAGGUGGAAGGUUAGAAAGGGAGCUGAUCUACGCCUCGAAAGCGCUCGGCGAGGCUGCUCCCUCGACGCAUCAGCUCAUCAUCCAGACACCGAAGCACUCUGGAGUGAAUAUCCUGCAUCCGGCCGCGCUCAACGAACAUUUGGCCGUCUUGAAGGCUGCGACGCAAGUUACGGUGCACCUGUUCGAUAUCACGUGGAGGCUGAAGGACUUGUGUUACGCGCCAAGCAUACCCAACUUCGACCUGCACUACAUUGACCAGAUCUUUGAAAGUAUUAUACCUUGCGCCAUCAUGACACCCCUCGAUUGUUUCUGGGAAGGUAGCAAACUCUUAGGUCCAGAAUAUCCUGUUCAUAUACCAUCUCUCUUUCGGGAUAACAGCAACGAGAACAACAAACCUGUCCAAUGGACGAACCUUAAUCCUUCAAGAAUGUUGGACGAGAUGAAGAAGUUGCAGUUCACCUUCCCCUUUAAAACGCUCGAGGACUUCAUGAAGAGAGCCGGAAUAACGAACGGCUAUCAGAGCAAGCCUUGCUUGAACCCGACGGAUCCGGAAUGCCCGGAAACCGCGCCUAACAAAAAAUCCCAACAGAUACCUGACGUAGGAGUCGAGUUGACAGGUGGCUGCUACGGAUUCGCAGCCAAGUACAUGCAUUGGCCGGAAGAGCUUCUAAUCGGCGGUGCCAGGCACAACAAAACAGGUCAUUUGACUCGUGCAGCCGCAUUGCAAACUGUAGUGCAACUUAUGGGUGAACGGGAACUAUACGAUUUUCUGGCGAACACGUACAAAGUCCAUCACAUUGAUUGGUCACAGGAAAAGGCGGCCCAGGUGUUAGAAACUUGGCAGAGAGCGUUUAGCAACGAGGUGAAGAAGCGAAUGGACUUGAAUGUGUCAACGUAUAAUCUGAAUGCCUUCAGUACGACUACCUUGAAUGACAUCCUCGGAAAGUACAGUGUGGUGUCCGUCAUGAAAAUCGCGAUCGGUGGCGCACUUAUGUUGCUAUAUGCCGGGAUAGCCCUCCUUCGUUGGAAGGAUCCGGUGCGCUCGCAGUCCGGAGUGGGAAUAGCCGGAGUGAUGCUGAUUUGCGCUACAGUAGCUGCCGGAUUGGGCUUCUGCGCGCUUCUGGGUAUUCCGUUUAACGCCACUACGACGCAGAUAGUGCCGUUUCUCGCACUCGGUCUGGGCGUGCACGACAUGUUCCUGCUGACGCACACGUACGCCGAGCUGUCGGUGAACGAGGUGCCCAGCGGCGAGCAAACGGGAGUUGUUCUCAAGCGAACCGGUCUGUCGGUGCUGCUGACGGGUCUUAGCAAUGUUUCCGCCUUCUUCGCCGCGGCGAUAAUCCCGAUUCCGGCCCUCAGAACCUUCUGUCUGCAAACCGGUAUCUUGCUGCUGUUCAAUCUGGCCGCUAUGCUGCUCAUCUUCCCUGCAAUGGUCAGUCUGGACCUGCGACGUAGACGUUCAGGCAGGAAAGAUAUUCUUUGCUGUUGCUUACCAGCAUUGCCCAAUCUCAAGAAGAACAAAUACUCGAAUAAUGGCACGAUUAAGCAAAUGGUCACUAGAGCAAUCCCGCCUGAAAGACGAGAGACUUGUACUCAAAUCCUAACUUCGCACAAUACGCAGAAUGAAUCCUGGAUAGGUGGACAUGUUAUGGACGUGGAAUUGGAAAAGCAGUGCACUGAGGAAGAUGCUCUGACCGGCUGUUCCCAGGAUGACUGCCUGAGCUUCUCCUUGACACAACUCGCAGCACGCCAUUAUGCACCCUUCAUCAGUCGGCCUGCUACCAAAGUAUUCGGCAUGAUAGUUUUAGUCAUCGUGUUGACCGGCAGUGUAUGGGAGGCGAUGCGCGUACGUGAUGGUUUGGACUUGACCGAUUUGGUACCGCAGAAUUCGAACGAACAUGCAUUUUUGACCGCCCAGGCGAAGCACUUUGGCUUUUACAAUAUGUACGCAAUCACUGGGCGAGAUUUUGAAUAUCCAAACAAUCAACGAUUGUUAUAUGAUUAUCACGACGCUUUCGUGCGGAUCAAAAACGUCAUUAAAAAUGACAAUGGCGGGUUGUCCGAGUUUUGGCUUGGUCUAUUCCGUGAUUGGUUAAAGAAUUUACAAGCAGCGUUUGACAGGGAUUAUAAAAAUGGUUGCAUUACCCAGGAGAGAUGGUACAAGAAUGCGAGCGACGAAGCAAUUCUCGCAUAUAAAUUACUUGUGCAGACCGGCUAUGUGGAUAAUCCGAUCGAUAAGACAUUGACCACCCAAGUGCGAUUAGUCGAUUCGGAAGGUAUUAUUAAUCCGCGCGCUUUCUACAACUAUUUGAGUGCCUGGGCAUCCAAUGACGCACUUGCUUAUGGCGCUUCGCAAGCGAAUCUGCGACCUGAACCGCGUCAGUGGAUCUAUACUAAUGAUCAUGAGCUGAAAAUUCCAAAGAGCAUGCCGCUUACUUAUGCGCAGAUGCCAUUCUAUCUUCACAAGCUCACUGAUACGCAGGAGAUCACAGAAUUGAUCGGUAGCAUUCGGAAACUGUGCAAGAAAUUCGAGGAACGUGGUCUGCCGAAUUUCCCAUCUGGCAUACCAUUUCUCUUCUGGGAACAAUAUAUGGAUCUGAGGAGCUGCUUAGGAAUCGCCCUUCUGGCUGCUUUGAUCAUGAGCAUCAUCGUUGUCGGGGUACUACUGCUGAAUAUGUGGGCAACCCUGUUGGUCGGCACUUCUCUAGGUGCCGUCGUUCUGCAAUUGUUAGGUAUCAUGGGUCUAUUUGACAUCAAAUUAAGUGCCGUGCCCGCCGUACUGCUGGUAAUCAGCGUCGGCAUAGGUGUUCACUUCACAGUACAUAUUUGUCUAAGUUUCAUCACGAGUGUCGGAAGCAGAGAUCGCAGAAUGCGCUUAGCUCUAGAGCAUAUGAGCGCUCCGAUCGUCCACGGUGCGCUUACUAUGCUGCUUGCGGCGGUGAUGCUUGCCUUCUCCGAUUUCGACUUUAUAGUCAAAUAUUUCUUCCUCAUACUGUUAUGCGUGAUCGGCGUUGGUCUCAUAAAUGGCAUUUUCUUCUUCCCGAUUCUCCUAUCUCUGAUCGGUCCAUCAGCAGAAGUAAUCCCGAACGAUCAUCCGGAUCGUAUAUCUACGCCGACACCACCGGCAUCACCCAUUGUGAGAAGAUCUAAGCCUCCCGCACCGCCAAGGAGAUCUCAUAAAAUCGAGAACGCUAGAUUGCACGCCGAGCCGUCACUCACAACCAUCACAGAGGAGCCUAACUCGUGGCAUAGCACGCAGGAAUCUUGCAUCAUUGUCCAACCGGAACUCAAGGUGGAAACCACGUCCACAUGCGGCAAUCAGAACUGUAGCGGAUCGGACACGAGCGGGUCUAGUCGAACGUCACCAGUUCCGUCCACUCGACACAUCACCACCAAGGUCACUGCAACGGCGAACAUUAAGGUCGAGGUUCACACACCGUUAACCAGUGGAAUGGAUCGUAAUGAAAAAUGCCGGCACACUAGCACCGGUAGUCGAAGGAGCUCGCGCUGCAGUGCGAACGUUAAUGUUGGGGAGUCUUCCGGCUCCAGUUCUGAGCAGGAUUCAGACUCUAACCCAAAACAUUGAUAACAAGAACCGGGGCGACCAGCAGCUACUGCUCAAGUACCAUGCAAAGCAGGAAAACACAGAAGGCUGAUUAGUAUAGAUUAAUAAAUUUUUCCACUUCCUCUUCCUCUUUCCUUUCUUCUACCUCGCUCUUUUCGUCCGUUUCCUUUUCUUUUUUCCUCUCUCCCUUUCAAAUGAGUAAUACAACAUAUGAUUGUCUUACUCAAAUCUUAAAAAUGAAAGUAUUACAACGCACACAAUUGUAUUUUUAUAAUGUAUGUAAGUACUUUUUGAAAAACAUUAAUAUUGCAUGUUUAAUGUAACUUUUUAUAUUGAAUUUUUUUAAAGUCACAGACACUGCCUAUAAGAAAUAUGAGAAGCAAAAUUGUAUAUUUUUACAAUUAUAUACAAUAUAAUA